UCAUUAUUGUUGUUGUGGCACUUGUGUCAUUCCAUCUUUAAUUAUCUUUCUGUUUUUAUUGAAUUUUAUAAGAAUUUAAGUUAGUAAGGAGUAGUCUCGUAAGAAUUUAGCAAUGCAAGUUGUCUUCUUUUGUAUUUAAAUACUAAAAAGCUUUAAACAUCGUUAAAAAUGUCCCAAUCUAAUUUAUUAGAAAUAGUGCCUGAAGAGUUAUUUCGGAAUUAUUUUAUCGCCGAUAUAGAUCAGGUGCAGAAGAAGUUACAAUAUGAGAUUGAAAGAAAGAAAGAGGAUUUACGUGCUAUGGUCGGAGAAAGAUACAGGGACCUGAUUCAAGCCGCAGAUACUAUAGAAGAAAUGAAAGUGACCACUGCAAGUACUCUGAAUCAUAUAAAUGAAAUGAUAUCUACUUGCAGGAAUCUUCACAACACCCAUUUAGUUGGUUUCAAAAUUGAUAAAAAGUCAGAGCCAGUGCAUAGUUUUCAGUUAAAUACAAGCCCAGUUCACAGCCUAUCAAUUCAAGUGAAACUAUUGAUGGAAAUACCUGAAAAGAUAUGGACAUGUAUAGACUGUGAAGAUUUUGUAAAGGCUACACAAUUAUUUAUAAUGGCAAGACACAUUAAUACAGGUUUACAGCUUCAAAUUGGGGGUAAGAACACAAAACCCGGCUUUGAAUCUCUGCAAAGGCUUGUUCAACAGCAAUGGAAUUCAAUAUCAAACUUUAGUCAAACUAUUGUCAAUGUAUGCAAGCAAAAAUUACAAGAUGUUAAUAUUACUGUUGAGGUAGCAUGUUCCUGUCUCGUCAGUUUAUAUCUACUCGACUCCCAAAAUAUGGUGGAAUUACUCAAUACUCUGAUAAGCUUGCAGAGCAACAGUAGCCUUAAGUCCACGCUGGAGUUUGACCUAUCUCGUAUAUUGGAAGGGGAUGUGAAGGCACGGAUUAAAGAGAAAAUAGUGAAUGGUGUGAAAAUUGUGUUGAAAACUGUUGUAUUGGUGUAUGCUUGCUUUGUAGAUAAUGACGGUGGAGCAGUUCUAAAGAAGUUGACUGAGUUAUUUAGCAAAGAUUCACAGCCGCUGAUUGAGUUGGUACACUUUAGUGAUCCCUCUGGCUUAAAGCUACUACCUUCAGUUGUCUCCAACUACAGGUUGUCAUCAAAUAAAGAAGUCCAAGCUCUGGCGAAAGGGGAUAUUACUGACUCCAUACAGAAAUGGAAUCUUUGGGUCAAGUCAUUUAUAGAUGAAAGUAUAUACAAAUUACUUGAAAAUAUCACUAGAAUUAAAGUGCUGCACGAAAUAAGAGAAGAAGCCUUUAAAGUUGAAACACCAUCCAAUUGGUCAACAAUAUGCUCAUCUCUCGAUAUUCCUGAAGUGCAUGUAUGGUGUCACUACUUCCAACCACUGUUGACAUCUCGAGUCAAGGCCAUCAUUGAGGGUAGAUGGCUUAAAGUGUAUGACUCGUUUAAAACACAGAUACUGGUUGAUUUGACUAAAGUAGCGUCAGAUAAUGAAGUGGAGAAGGAAGUUGAUAUCAACUGGUUUGUCUGGAAAGAUCUUAUCGGUGAAACUAUCAUUGAGUCAAGAGAUGAUGUUAUAAAAGUGAUGAACUCUUUGAUGAAAGGUAUGUCAAGACAAGAUCACGGCUUCACACCAACUUUGGAAAACCUUUGCUUAACUCUAGAUAGCGAAUUGCAGCGCUUGCUUGAUGAUUUGAAAAUUUAUUUGUACCGUAAUAAGAAUGCUUCCAAUUCGAGAGACAAACUCCUGUUCACCUAUGAUGAUGAAGAGGAUAUCAACCAGAUUUAUAUAGAUAAGAGUGAUAUUGAGGCUUUCUUGAGGGACACCACGGACGAGAAUGUACAGAGCAUGUUGCAUUAUAUGAAAGUAUGCUUCGAGGAGCCAACAUUGCAUUCUACUGAGCUGCAUCGUAAAACGACAGCGAUAUACACUGCACGGUUCACGCAAGCAAUACCCACCCUUAUUCCGCACCUUCGUAAGUGCUAUAUUCCCGAGGAACAGAAUAUAUUAGGCGUAUUGAAUGUCGACCCGAACGCUGUGAAACAAUGGAGUGAACUAUGUGGCAUAUUAAAGGAGAAUUGCCUUUAUUGUUGGGGGAAGUGGGUUGAAAUUGUAAUGGUCAAAGUGAAAGAUUUGACCAAAGGUUUGCCUCAGGAGUUCACCCUGGAGGCCAAUAUAGAUUAUUUGAUGAUGCAAUGGGACAUAAUAAAGAUCGAAGAAAAAGAUGACGAAGGUAACGCAAUUGAAUCUACUAUAAAAGUACCCGCCGGUCCUUCGUUGAAACUCCAAGAAUACCUGUAUUCCAUAAGCCGAAUACUAGACGAAGUAGUACCCCACACAUUACCUGUAGAAAUCCACACAAUGUUUAUUGAAAAAAUUACUGACAUCACUUUCGAACAUUACGACCGAGUGGUUAGAGAGAACGAGACAGAUAUAAAUCAGAGAUGUGCGCUUCAACUUUUAAUGGACGUAAGGCACUUAACAUUGCUGCUGGUGCCACGGGAGAAUAAGAAAACAAUGGAGUUUUCACAUAAUAUUUGCGAGUUCUUGAGACAGAAGAUAGAUCCGUUCGAUUAUGAUGUGUUCUAUCCAUACAUACAAACGAACUUGAAAAGAUCCGUCCAAAGAGUUCAGACGCUCUUGGGCAGUCUGAUACUCCAUCACGGUCAGUUAACCGGUAUUAUCGGAACAAAACCGGUUUUAUCCGGCGGGAGUGGCGAUAAAGCGGCCGGGCUUCUAGCCUCGGGCGAGUCUCACUGGUUCUCGCUCCUUCCUGUAGCAGCCCCACCAAGCCAUCUCAAGAAACAGGAAAAACCGGCCAAAAAGAAACCAGCAGCCACAUCGAGUCCCAGCAAACAGAAGGCAGACAUUUCAGAGAUCAUGACUAAGUCGCUGCCGCUCAACUUUGCUAACGCGCGCUCCGGUGCAGCGUCAUUCUUCAACUCGAUGACGUCUGAUUGGUUUAGUAGCUCUUAGUAAUUAUAAUAUAUAUAAUAGGUAUACUAGUUUAUGCCAGCGACAGCGACCGCACGACGUGGAAAUGUUCACUCACCGCGGUAUAAACUUUUUAUUCCGGUCAGAAAACAUAUCCCGGUCACGCGGACAGAGUCACGGUUAAAAGUUAGUAUUGGAUAAUGCAUCAUGAAUGUAAACAGUACCUUUGUAUAUAUUUAAGUUCUUUUUUAUAUAUCUUUCGACAAGAAUAUAAAAUAGCACUUUCGAAAAGAGGAAUGAUUGUAUUUUGAUGUAAUUUAAAUCCUUAUUACAAAUGCUAUAUAACUCAAUUUUGUUUGUAUGUGUGUAAAGAAAACUGAUAUAAAUAAAUCCCCUUAUUCGUAAAACACUAAAAUCUACAAAUCUACUUUAACUAUUACAAUGUUUGGUCACUUUCUUUCAAAUUGGGAAUUUGGUGUAAAAGAAAGAGACAAAACAAUUCAAUAGCUAAUAGAUUUAUAAGAGAGAGAGAGAGAGAGAGAUUGAGAGAGAUAGAUAGAGAGAAAGAGAGGACAUGUUUAUGAAUAAAGAGUAAGUAUACAUUUUGCAAUUAAAGCGAUAUUGCUCUACCGUUUUUGAAGAAAACAUCAAAAGUAAGAAACGUCUCUUCAGUGUCAUGAGACUGUGAACACAUGAAAAUAUUUACAUUUAUAUAAAUUGUUUAAUUUAAUUGUAAUAUUAAGUUUUAAUUAUAUAUCAUUAUAAUUAUAUUAAAUGAAUCAGUUAUUAAUAAUUAUUUAUCUUGUAAAUUAGGACUGUGGUAUAAAUGUAAUAUAUUGUUGGCAAUUUUA